GGUUAUUUUGAAAAGAUGGGUUUCAUGAGUCUGACAAAACACGGACUCGGACUUGUCCUGCUGGCGUCGGUCGGGGCCCUGAGUGUCCUGUAUGUGUCCUGGAAGUGCACGCAGAGCCAUCAGGACGACAAGGGGAACAAGGGAGCCAAGAAAAAGGGAAAGAGGAUAGAUGAUGUGGUCACUUGUGACGCUAUCACAACCAAGGUGGACGACUCCCCUGCUGCGUCGAACCAGGCGGAGCCUUGUUGCGGCCCAGCAGCCUACCUGCAGCGUGUGCAGGAGGAGAGAGAGCGCCUCGUCGGACGAUGUGAGGACGCUGAGAAGUACCAGCGCUGGAACCUGUCCUCCGCUGUUCUGGAGCGCGUGAGGAGCGCCAUUGGACAGUCCAUCCUCAUCACCACCAACAAGAAGUCAACCAUGGCCACCUUCGAGGAGCUGUGCAGGGUCGCAAUGGACUGUGGUCAAUGCAGCCCUUGUGAUUCUGUUGCUGGCAGGUUGUGGCAGGACCACGCCCGAACUUGGAGAAGGGUGGAGCCCGUGGGGAGAGUGGGGACCCUGCUCCAGGACCUGUGGAGGAGGUGUGUCCUUCCAGGAGAGACUCUGUAUCGUCACCAGAUUGAUUCAUUGAUUGAAUCUCAAUCUUUCAGGUCAGAUGGAGGAGACAACUGUGUGGGACCUAGGAGGAAUUACAGGUCCUGCAAUAUACAGGACUGUCCAGAGGGUUCUAAAGAGUUCCGUGCGGAGCAGUGCUCCCAGUACGAUGAUGUGGCAUUUGAAGGGAGGUUCUUCACGUGGGUCCCCUAUUUGGGAGCCCCUAACAGAUGUGAGCUGAACUGCAUGCCUAAAGGUGAGAACUUCUACUACAGACACGAGGAGAAGGUGGUGGAUGGAACCAAAUGUGACCUGGACAGUCUGGAUGUCUGUGUGGAUGGCAUCUGUCAGGGUGUAGGGUGUGACUACAUGCUGGGGUCUAAUGCCCAGGAGGACAAGUGUCGUGAGUGUGGAGGAGAUGGGAGCAGCUGUAAGGCUGUGAAAGGGUUGUUCAGCAUCAGGAACAUUCCAGUUGGUUACAAUCAGUUCCUGGUCAUUCCUGCUACUGCAACUAACAUCAGGAUUGAAGAGCUCAAAGCUUCGGACAACUUCCUGGCUGUGAGAAAUGCCAGUGGACAUUAUUACAUCAAUGGUGGCUGGCACAUUGACUAUGCCCAGCCCUUCACUGUGGCAGGAACCAUUGUUCACUAUGAGAGGAAGACUGAAGCCUACAGGGAACCUGAGAUCAUCCGAGCUCUGGGACCAAUCACUGAGCCACUGUACAUCGAUCUGAUCACCCAGGAGAAGAACCACGGUGUGAAGUAUGAGUACUACAUCCCUAAGGACAUCCAGGACCCCACACAGCACAACUUCACAUGGAUAUAUGGGUCAUGGGGAGAGUGUAGUACACCUUGUGGGGGAGGAUACCAGUUGAGGAGUGUGUCCUGCUCCAGAGGGAAUCAGGUAGCAUUUGACUACCAGUGUCCCCCCAGCCAGCAGCCUCCCAACAACAGGACAUGUAACUCACACCCAUGUCAGCCCAGAUGGUACAUAGGAGAGUGGGGUCCCUGCUCCAAGUCCUGUGAAGGAGGCUUCCAAACAAGACUGGUGUUCUGUGAACAGGCCUUGAGACAUGGGAUUCCUGAGCAUGUGGAUGACACGGUCUGUAAACAGAGCAUCGGGUCCAAACCAGGCUUCAAACAACAGUGUAACCUGCACGAGUGUCCUGAAUGGAAGGUUGGCGAGUGGUCACAGUGUUCUCGUGUGUGUGGUUUUGGGAAGCAGACUCGUGAGGUGACCUGUGCUGCUCCUAACGAGGUGAACCGCUGUGACCCUGAGUCCAAACCUGAGACAGAGAAACCGUGUAACUCAGGACCCUGCCAGGGGGUGGAGUGGAUGGUGUCUGAGUGGACAGAGUGUACUGACUCGUGUGAUGAGGGCAUGUCCUCCCGCAGCCUGUACUGCUCCAGCCAGGACGGACACCUGUAUCCUGAGGAGAUGUGCGACGCCUACCGCAAACCAGACAAGAUGAAGAAGUGUGCGGCCUCACAGGAGUGUCUCCCACAGUGGCACGCCUCCCAGUGGAGCAAGUGUUCAGCUGAGUGUGGGGAUGGUGUACAGACCAGGAUGGUGAUGUGUGCUGCCCUAGUGGGGAACUCCCUGCAGCUGCUGCAGGAGGAGCAGUGCUCCCAGGACGGCAGGUUUGACAGCAUGAGGUCGUGCAAGGUCAAGGAGUGCCAUGCCAUGUGGUUUGCUGGACCCUGGAGUAAGUGCUCGCAGCUGUGUGAUGGUGGUACCAGGAGAAGGGAGGUCAUGUGCUUCUCUGAUGGAAGGCUCGUCGACCAGUCCAACUGUGAUGCAGGGAACAGGCCUGAUGACACCGGGAUCUGUAAUGUCAUCCCAUGCACACAAGCUGAAGCACCCAGGCUUGGCACAGAUGGGUCUGGUCCUUCACAAGUCAUAGACGGCUGUGGCUUCUCUGAGUUUGGCUGCUGCAUGGACGGGUUCACUGCUGCAGAGGGACCCUUCAAGGCAGGCUGCCCACCUCUGGGGUGUGAGGGGUCGGAGUUUGGGUGCUGCCCAGACGGGAAAAGACCAGCUCAGGGUCCCGACAAUCAUGGAUGCUCAGAAGAUUGUACAGACACAGAACACGGCUGCUGCCCUGACGGCAUUUCAGCAGCCACAGGACCAUUUAACGAGGGCUGCCCUGACGAACAGCACAGUAACGUCAUCAUCCCCUGCGACCAGAUGACGUUUGGGUGUUGUCCCGACGGCGUGACCGCUGCCUCUGGACUGAACCAUCAGGGCUGUGAGGGGGAGAAGCCCUGCUGGACCACCGAGUUCGGCUGCUGUGCAGAUGGAGAGACACCUGCAGGACCUCAGGAUGAAGACUGUCCAGAAGUUGACAUUUGCCAGCUCCCCAGAGACAUGGGUCCCUGUUCCCAGUGGGAAGAGGCUUGGUACUAUGACAGCAACACCCAAAGCUGCACACAGUUUUGGUAUGGAUCGUGUGGGGGGAACGGCAACAGGUUCAAGAGCCAGCAGGAGUGUCAGAAUGCCUGUCAACUUAACCCAAAAGAGGUGAUCUGUGUACAGCCUGCCGACCCGCCGUGUUACGGUGCCUUCCGCAACUGGUACUACGAACAGUCGACCCAGGAGUGCAAGGAGUUUGUGUACGGUGGUUGCCAGGGGAACCAGAACAGGUUCUCCUCCUUGAAGGACUGCGUGGACCUGUGUGGUGGGGAUGCCUCCAUCAUCUGUGACCUUCCCCGCGCCCCCGGGUCAUGCCGGGGCUCCAUCCCCAGAUGGUACUUCGACAGGGACGAGGGGCGCUGCACCAAGUUCCUGUAUGGCGGUUGUCGCGGAAACGAAAACAGGUUUGAGUCCUUCCAGGACUGCCAGUCGACCUGCGGAGGGCCAGAGGUCACAGAGGUCACCAACAAUGAAGAUGUCUGCAACUUGCCCAUGAAGAUCGGCCCAUGUAGGAUGUCCAAGAGGAGAUGGUACUAUGACUCCUUCACCAAACUGUGCACAGAGUUCAUCUAUGGAGGCUGCAGAGGAAAUGCCAACAACUUUGACACCCUGCAGCAGUGUCGGCAGGCCUGUGGUGCUGGUCCAGGAGACCUGACUAUCUAUGUGACAGAUGCGCCCCCGUCUGUCCAGGGCAGCCGGGAUGACAGUGAUGUGGAGCUGUUGUGUGGGUCAUCAGAGUGGGGCUGCUGUCAGGACGGCAUUACCUACGCACUGGGGCCGGACAAGGAGGGAUGUCACGCCAUCAACGAGCUAGGAGAGAUCCUUGGUCCCAGCAUCAUCAACACCCGUCCAGGCAGCACGGUGACCCUGUCCUGUCACGCUGAGUCUGACCUGCCCCUCACCACCACCUGGUCCUCACGCACACACACAGACUUCCUGCAGAGUCCCAGGUUCCGUGACCUUGCCGGAGGUGUGCUGGAGGUCGUGCAGGUGGAGCCGGCAGACAGUGGGACGUACACCUGUCUGGUCACUAACGGCUUCAGCACGCCCAGGACUAAGGACAUCCAGCUCAAUGUGCAAGUUCCAGCUGCCAUCAUCCCUGACCAAACCAGCUACAUGUCCCGUGUGGGUGAAACCACCAGGCUGGACUGUAGGGUAGAGGGAAUCCCCAGACCCCAGGUUAUCUGGGAGAAGAGCGGUGCCCUGCUGCCAGGAGACGUCCCCAGGAUGUUCCAGCUGCCCAACAACUCGCUGGAGAUCGAGGCCACGUCCAUGAGCGACGCUGGCGAGUACACCUGCACCGCUAACAACGGCAUCGGCGACCUGCAGAAGAGAGUCGUCUAUCUGGACGUAGACGUUGGGCUUGAGAUCACCACGCGGCCCAAAAAUGCGACCAUCGUGGAGGGGGAGACCCUGAUCCUGAUCUGCCGCGCCUCGGGCACGCCAAUGCCCCAGGUCAGCUGGCUGAAGGAGGAGGGGCCGCUGCCCGAGGACAGGACGCAGUUCGUGGCCAACGGAGACCUGCAGAUCAGCCCGGUCGUCAUGGAGGACAGCGGACGGUACACCUGCAUCGUGUCCAACGGCAGGGCAGCAAUCACAUCCAGCGCCUGGGUCAUGGUGGAAGAACAACAAAUCAGCGAGACGUGCGUAGACAACACAGAGCUGGCCAACUGUGAGCUGAUCGCUCGGUUUGGUUUCUGUGAUAACAAUGACUACUACAGGCAGUUCUGCUGCCUCAGCUGCGCCAAGUACAGCAGACAGAGGAGAAAACCUGGAGACGUCCCGUAAAUACACUACCUUGCCUACUGCUAGGGGCAAACACUUUCUUAGUUAAGAUAUCUUAAGUGUGUAUUAGUUACUUAAGAAACAUUCUUGAACAACCAAAACAGAGCAAAAAUAUUCUUGGGAGGGAUACUAUAAGGAUGGCAAACAGACACAUUUUAAGUUUUAUUUUAUUUUUUAUCAGUCCUUUUUCUGUUGGAUCAUUGGUCCAGAAAUGUCCAGUCAAAAAUUUACCAUUUGUUUUUAUUUAGUGCUAACUUAAAGACUUUAUACUCAAAAAGUUACCAGAAAUUUUGUUUUUACCAGGAGACUUAAUUUUGCUGUAAGCUGCGACUGAUCAUUGAAAGACUAAACAAGCAUGACAAUUGGACACAUGGGUUAGAUAGUCUACUUCAGCAAUUCACAAGCCAGCUAAAGAGACUAAGAACUACGGUGCUACACAACUUUUACCUCUAAACCUAACGUCAGAUCAAAGGAAGGGAGGCUGCAGAUCGUAAGCAUUGAUUCUACUGGCCAAGUCUAGACAUGAUACACUGACAGAAUCAUUUUGAAUGCUAAGAAAAUUACUGUAACAGAUGCAAACAUGAUGCAGAUGAUGACUGGCAAAGAUGUGUGUAUUAUUAGGUGUUAACAGCAACAGCAAAGUACGACAGCUCUGUUUUCAGUCCACUGAAUAGCUUUCAAUAAUGUAUAUUUUGUUUGGUUGUUUGAUAGUUUGAUUUCCUUUUGCUUUAACAAAAUUCUUGCAGACAAGGAUGGUUGGCUCAUAUAUAGUCCAUGUUGUUGAUUUCUCAUUGUAUAUAGCAUGUCAGACAAUCAGACUAGUUAUUUCCCAUCAUAAGAUGAUUAUUUUAUACCACUUCAUUGUUGAUUUUUACUUUGAGUAUUGAUUUUUA